AUUUUUGUCUGGGGGAAUUAGAUAUUUCUGGCCUGAAAACUAUCAGGAAUUCCGCCAAAAGCCUGAGGAAAUAUUUUUUUAGGCAGUUGGGAUUCUGUAACGCUACACCAGCUCAAUCCCCCUCCCCCUUCCUGCAUUACUCAGUCUUCAGCUCCGCAGGGGGAUUGUAAACCACACAGCUUCCACUAAGAGCAAAACGUUCUGUAGACCAACCUGAGUACAACCUGAAAUGUCCAGGUAGACGAGCUUGUGGCAGCCCUUCCCUGUGGCAAGACUUUUUGCGAGGAACAACUGCUUAAGUCAGUCCAAAACCAAAAUCACUUGAGGCCACCUUAGUUUGCAAGUUUCAUUGGAUUCUUGUAUAUUAUCAAGUCAUCACUGAGUUACUGGGACCAUCUGGAUGUCAGGAUGCAAGUGAUAAGAAUUAUUUUGUUGCUACUUCUUUGUAGAGCAGUAGAGUUCAUGAAAACAAGGAAUGGCAGCCAUGGAAAUAGAAUGAGGGACUGUGGCAAGAAAUGUCUCAAAAGGCACUCCACUCACGUCAAAAGAUAUGCUCAGUUCCUUAGCACAAUAUGCAGUGAAAGUCUGCAUGAGAAUGAGAAAAUACUGGAUUGUCAAGAUAAGCGACUCAUUACAAUUCCCCCUAAUUUGCCAAAGGAUGUUGUUCACUUACAAUUAGCAGGAAAUAAGAUCCAUAGUUUGAAGGAUUCGAUGUUUUCAACAUUAAAAAAUUUGAAGAGCCUCGACUUACAACGAAAUGCCAUAGCAAAUAUAGAACCAGGUGCUUUUGAAGGAUUAGAUGAGCUCAAUACUUUAUUGCUUCAAUAUAAUCAAUUACAGUUUUUGUCAGAGGAAGUUUUUAUUCCUAUUCCUAAACUAAAAUACCUGCGUGUCUAUGGCAACCCCUGGAAUUGUAAUUGUUAUCUAGACGAAAUGAUCAGGAAGCUGCAGAUCCCUGGCCAACGAAAUCUAGGCAACCUGGCCAAAUGUAAAGCUCCAAAAAAAUUUGCUGGUCACAAGUUGAAGACAAUCAAUGUGAACUUGCUCUGCCAUGAUGAGGAAAACAGUACAGGCCCUAUACCUUUCCAGAGCACUGCUGAUUCCACAAAAUGCAAUAUCUACCUUUUCCCAAAGUCACGAAUAGAUUGCCAAAAUAAAGACCUGAUGAAAGUUCCAAUCGAUAUUCCUGCUGAAGUUCUGGAAAUUGAUCUCUCCAGAAACAAAAUCAGGCAAUUGAUUGCCAAAAACUUCAUGAAUUUUAAGGAAUUAGAAACAUUAAACCUCAGCAGCAAUGCAAUAGGAUACAUAAAUCCUGCUGCAUUUUCUGGUCUUUUGCGCCUGAAGGAGCUGGAUCUAUCUUCAAAUGUUUUGUACAACUUUGAAUAUGGCGUCUUGGAGCACCUGUAUUUUAUAGAGAGGCUGAUUCUUACUGGAAAUCCAUGGAGGUGUGAUUUUCAAAUCCACUACUUGGCCUACUGGUUGCAGGUUCACUACAGUGUACAGUUUGAAGGCCUUGAGUGCUCAAUGCCGAAUGAAUAUAAGGGCUGGACUGUGCAGAAGUAUAUCAAAAGAUAUUAUGAGGAUUGCCCCAAGGAAAAGACAAUAGAAGAUUUUGACACAUAUGAUUCUGAUAAAUUAGAUGAGGAAGAAAUGAGAAGGAUGCCCUAACUACAUGUAGCAUAAAUAUUCCAUGCUUCCCUUUUAGAUAUGAAAUAGAAUUACACAUAUGAGUACGUAACCAUAUUUCACAUAGACAUUUAAAUAUGUCAGAAUCACUUACCUCUAGCCUGCUUUGGUUAUAUUACAAUAUUGUGGAAAAUGAAAGCUUCAGGUAUAAAUAUUUCAACCUUUUCAAGGAAUUUCACAUGGGUUUUUUUUGUAAGACAGCUGCAUCAUAUUCUUUCUGAGAAAAUUUAUACCCAUAUUUUAUAGCAUAGCUGCACUUUUUAUGAAACCUUUCAAUGUACCUUAUUCUUUGUAAUGAUCUAGAAAACAGGAGCAGUAUCAAAUAAAGAAAAUACCAUCAAAUGACAUCAAGCUUUCUAACCAAUGAGCACCUUGAAUGCCUUAUCAUUUUUGAUACAUUUUAUAUACACUUCCUGACAUAUGUGAUGAAUUGAGAUUAAGCCAUGCAUUGAGAUUUUUUGCAAGACUUUUUUCUUUUUGUUUCCAUAUGAAGAAAAUCCUCAUUUAAUUGCCAUAUCAUCAUCAGUCAUUCCAGUUCUCUUAACCAAAUCUUUCAAUUCUUCAUCUCUGUGACUGUCCCAGCUUUAGUUCUGAUUGCUAUAGCUUAUCUCAUAUUGCCCCAGUAUCAGUCCCAUGUAGCCUGUCAGCCAAAAUGAAACAAGUGUUUACCUAUACUUCCUAAGUAUCAGACAAGCUAUAAAAAAGCUGAAUAGAAAAUUUUCCAUUGAUAAUAAACGUGGUAAUCACCAUUGCUAAUUUGGCUCAAAUACUGCAUAGUGUUUGGAAUCAUAAGUGGAAUCAUGAGAGCAAAACUCACAGUCACCAAUAAGCUGUGUGAAGGAAAUAAAGGCCAAAAGAUGUUUUAGAUAAAAAGUUACAAGGAUCACAUUUCAAACUUUGUUGUAAUCAAUGGAAAUGUUCAGCAGCUAACAAAUUGGCAUGUUAUACCCUUGCAGCUAAACGUCCUAUUGUGAGAGUGCAUUGUAUUGUUCUUCUUAGUGUCCUGAAUUGAGUGGAAUGUCUUGCAUUUUAACAAUGGUUAACAAUCAGUCCUGCUAAGGUCUCAAAAAUAAUUGUUCAAAUUCCAUUGUUCCAUUCUCUAAUAGGCCUUCAUAUAUAACUCUUCAUUCACUCUCACUCUGCAACCUGUAACUAUUCUGGCUUGACUGAAUGGCCAUAGGAAUUGUGUAUGCUGCCCUAGUGGCCAGCACAAGUGUGUGAGUCCUUUACAGUUCCAAAGCAAGUCCCAAUAUUACAUUGCCUCCUAUUUCUCUCCAUUUUUGAUGUUGAACUCAUUCUAUUCUACUGUGAUCCUGAUAUUUAGCUUCUUUCCCCAUCGGUGAGAUAUCACUUUGAGGGAAUUGAUCUGCUUCAUUUCCACCUUAGGUCAGUUUACCCCUCUUUACACAACUGUUCACUCUGGAUUUGCCAGGAUCACCAAAUCAAUAUCAGUAUGGUGCAGAUACUUGUUGCAGAGUCCACUCAACUGCCAUGUUAAUUUAAUUUGUUUUAGUUUCACCAGCUUACUUCACCUCAAACAUUUAAAUUUAGCUUCAAGUAAUUUUUCUAUUAAAACAUAUUAGAGGUAAUUUUAAUACUUUCUGUCUGACAAAAAUGAGCAAUGAAAAAUCAGAAGUGGACUCAUCGCCCUCACUUCCUGCUCACCACCACAUUGCUAAUGGAGUUUUUACAUAUGCAUAGCCAUUCUGUUCUGUUAACUGAAACUUAAUUUGUUUAUUACAAAUUUUUGCAUUGUUUUGGAUUUUUAUCUUUGUUGUUUUUAUUUCAUCUAAUUUAAUGUUUUAUUCAAUUUUUCACUUUUUAAAGUUUCGCAAAUGUUUUGUUAUAAUAAAAAAGCAUUAAAGUGU